GCACGCGCAGUCUGCAAACAGAAUUCACGCGAUAAAUUUUGUACAGCAAACCCUUAUAGAGGGCGCUAUUUCUUUCUGAAGGCUUAGAAAGUUCAGAGACUUGCCAAAGUUCCACUUUCGGGUACAGCUGCAGCCUGCAGGUGUUUAUUGCCGUAGCUAGUUUCCGAGGUCAGUCAGUGGUGAAGGACGCUGGGACUGGAACAACUGUUCGGUUUUUCUGUCAUCUUGAAUUUUUUUCAGUCCAGGAAGUUAUUAAUGAGGUAAACCCAUUGCAGCAAUUAUGCCCAAUAUCACUGGAGCGGUCAUAUGUUCGCUCGCUUGAGUGGCUGUGAACUUGGCCUAGGCUGCAGCGGGUCGGAACGCGCUUGUGCAACAGAAACGCCAGGCCAACAUCUAUCAUUCCUGACAAUGGCUCGUCUGCAUGAAGGACUUCGACCCUUGGCCUGGCUUCUUGGCGAAUGGGAGUCCAUCCAAGCCAAAGGAAUGUAUCCCACAUCUGCCUCCUUUGACUACACAACCACCUUGAAAAUCACCCACCUAGGGCAGCCAGUACUUAAUUUCUACUCGGAGUCCUGGUUGGGAGGCAUCGCGAAGCAUGUUGAGUGCGGCUUCAUCAGAAUGGACCCAGCCACCAAGAAAGUUGCCUACAUGUGUGCCCAGGAUCUUGGUUUUGUGGAGAUUGAGGAGGGCGAGUUGAAAGGGACCUCAAUUGAGUUUAAGGACGAUUUGCUGCUAUCCAUGAGCCUUCCUAAUACGCCAAGCACAACUGGACUCAGAAGGGCUUUCUGUUUGAAGCCAGGAGGUAUCUUGGAGCAGAUCGUCCUCAUGUCCACUCCCAAGACACCGUUCGCCCAGCACUUGUACAUCACUUACAAGAACAAGGGAACUUCUCAUUUGUAGUUCCAUGUCAAGGACUGGGACUUGGAAACAUGCUUACAGGAGCUCAAAUGGGACACAGACAACAGUAGACCAGUCACAUGGGCCGGUAUUUCAAGAGUUUUCCUAAGUUGUGAGAUUUCUCUCAUAAUAAAAAGUCAUCUCCAACACUGCUUCUAAGUUUGUAUGCCAAAUAAAUUUUGACAAGUGUUGCCAUGAUUCAAAAUAAAUGUGAAAGUGAAUGCGUAUUUAUUCAGGGAUAGGGAUCUUAAAGUGAAUUUAUUGGGAUAAAUGUAAAUGCCUGAAAUAAUGACUAAAACAAACUGAAAGGAAUAUUUUGUGGAAAGAAAUGUGUUAACAGAUUGAUAGAACAUUCAAAAUAUUUGAGAAGUUUUCACUGAGAGAAGUAUUUUUUAUUUACACGUCAUUUUCUCCAGUACAGAAACUCACGAAAAAACCCAGAGCUGACGGCAGUCAGCACAAUUAAGUGAAGGGCUGAAAUGUCAGUCACUGCAAUUUAAAUCACUAAGUAGUCUGUCUUUUUGUAUAAUGAUCUAGGAUCAUAAUGUGUAUUUCCCAGCUUUAAGCUUUGUAAAUCUUGUAUUCAAAGAGGUUAAUCUGAAUGAUAUUUUUUGUACCAAGGAUAUGCUUUAACUCUGCAAAAGAUGUAAACAAAUUGUUAUGAACAUAAUAAACUGCAUUUUGGGUAUAAUUCUAA